CGGCGGUUCUCAUCGGCUUGCAGAAGUCAUGGGGAGUGACGAUCGAGGGGUGGACGAAAGGAGCGGACUGUAACGUGUUGAGCCUCAGCACCCGCAUUGGAUGUGACGGCAGAGGCAUGAUUUCCAUGCUAGAUCUUUCUAGCCUCAACUUGACCGGCUCCAUUCCCGAAAGCAUCACCUCGCUCUCGUCUCUCUCGGACUUAAGGUUGAGCACAAAUGAGCUCUCUGGGUCCAUUCCAGCUGUUAUUGGAAAAAUGCGCUCCUUGAAAAACGUGAAUAUCUCCUAUAACUCUUUGACCGGCUCCAUUCCCGACAGCAUCACCCUCCUCACGGGACUAACGGCAUUACGUCUAAGUGAGAAUCAGCUCUUCGGGUCUAUUCCAGCUGGACUUGAACGCCUCACUGCCUUAUCGGUCCUGUCCCUAGGAAGCAACUCUUUUUCUGGUUCUGUUCCCGACAGCCUUACCUUGCUGACUUCCCUCGCUGCACUAAACCUUAGCAUGAAUAACAUGACGGGGACAAUUCCAGCUGGAAUUGGGAACAUGGCUUCGUUGGCUGUAUUGGAUCUGGGGUACAACCUUUUGACUGGCUCCGUUCCAAAAAGCCUCUCUUUGCUCACUGCGCUCAAGUUAAUGAGCCUCAAUAACAACACUUUGAAUGGCUUCAUUCCCAACAUCUUCUCCUCUCUCCCUGCACUCUUUUUCCUGCGUCUUGACGACAAUUCUUUCUCAGGCUCGAUUCCUAUCAGCCUCUCAACGCUCACUGGAACCAUAUUCUUAGGAAUAAGCCUCAAUCAACUCACAGGGUCGAUACCAGCUGGGAUUGGAAACAUGACGUCUUUGCAGAUACUGGAUCUGGGGAACAACCUUCUAACCGGCUCCAUUCCAAACAGCCUCGCUUCACUCACUUCACUUGAAGCCUUAUCCUUAAGGACGAAUCGUCUGAGCGGACCUUUACCAGAAGCCUUUAGCAAUCUGUCCACCAUGCGGGCCAUAGAUCUCAGAGAGAAUAUCUUGAGUGGGUCCAUUCCUGCGACGAUUGGCAGCAUGACUAGCUUGGAAUAUCUGAUAGUGUCACUCAACAAUUUCACUGGAUCCAUUCCAACAACAUUGGCUCGCCUCACCCGUCUCACAUAUCUAGAUAUGAGUGCCAAUCACCUCCGCGGCUCCAUUCCUGCUGUUCUUGGCACGUUUACUGGCUUGGAGUAUCUGUAUCUUGAUAACAACAGCUUUUCUGGACCGGUCCCAGAAUCGCUUAUGGAGAUCACCAACUUAUGGCAGAUGAAAGUGUCCCACAACAACCUCAGUGGGCCCAUUCCCAUCACCACGCAGAGCCUUGCCAGAAUUCAAGCCCUGCACAUGAACGAUAACCAGCUCUCUGGGAGUAUUCCAGGCAUCGUCAACCUCCCUGGGCUGAUCGAACUGGAUCUUGCCAACAACAUGCUUAAUGGCUCCAUUCCCGAGUUCCUCAAUCAGUCCUCUGCACUCACCAGCAUCGUGUUUAGUGGCAAUCAGCUAAGCGGCUCCAUCCCAUCCUCCAUCGCCUAUGCCAGUCACCUCCAACUCCUGUGGUUGGACAAUAAUAAAUUGAGCGGGCCUUUGCCUGACACGUUUGGGACUCUAUCCGAGCUUUCCUCCUUGAGAUUCAACGCUACGAGCCUCAAUGGAACGCUGCCAAGCUCGCUGGGAGGCUUCACGUCGCUUGACUCACUGAACAUAAGUGGCACCGGCCUCACAUGCCCUGCUGACCACACCAGCUGUGGUCCCUCCCAAUCGCUCAACUCAUCAUUCUGCCAGGCGUGUCCCUCCUUCUGCCAAACCUGCGGCACUCCAGAUGUUACCAGCAGCAGCGGCAGUGGCAGCGACUCUUCUUCCCCAGCAGCAUCUGGAGGUGGUUUAACAGUGGGAGCCAUCAUUGGCAUAGUUGUUGCUGCAGUCGCCAUUCUUCUCCUGCUUCUGGCUGCCUUACUGCUCUACUUGAGGCACAAGAGGCAGCAGGGGACAGCUGGCCUGGGAGGCAGUCUGGCAGCGUCACACUGCACGGAGUUCUCACUGGAGGAGGUGCUCAAGGCCACCAACGACUGGUCGCAGGACAACCUGCUUGGCUCGGGUGCCUUUGGUGAUGUCUACAAGGGCGUCUCUCCCCGCGAUGGCACCACACCCUGGGCUGUCAAGCGCGCAAAGCUCAUUGACGCAAGCUUCCAGAAGGAGGUCCAGCAAAUGGCCAACAAGAACCAUCCCAACAUCGUGCGCCUGCUUGGGUUUGCAGUGGGAGGGGACGUGAGGUCACAGGGAGAGCAGGUCUUGAUAUACGAGUUUGUGCCCAACGGUGACCUCCACAAGUGGAUCGAUCCAGAUUCAGCUACUUCUAUGAGCCUGAGGCAGCGGCUGGAUGUUCUUAUCGGUGCAGCGCAUGGUUUGGAGUAUCUCCAUAGCUUUCGCGUUGUGCAUCGCGACAUUAAACCCGCCAACAUCCUCAUCACCGCCGACAUGCAGGCCAAGAUUGCAGACUUUGGCCUUUUGAGGGUGGGAGAGGGCACGACAGUGGGCACGACUCGAGUGAUGGGAACACCGGGCUUUGUGGAUCCCAUCUACUCCAAGACGUCAAAGGCCACCACCGCCAGUGAUGUCUACAGCUUUGGUGUGCUCAUGCUUGUGGUGCUCACUGGACGCCCUCCUUCCUCUCAGUCUGCUGAGGAGACCAAACACAUCCUCGAAGUG